UUUAAAUGACAAAUAUUCAGGAAAUGGUAUAAACUUUUAGCAUGUAAAAGCAGGAGAGACAAGAGAGCUGCUGAGAUGGCCGAACAACAACUAGGAGUAUUGAAGGCACUCGAUGUCGCAAAAACGCAACUUUACCAUUUUACCGCAAUUGUCAUUGCGGGUAUGGGUUUCUUUACUGAUGCCUACGAUCUCUUCUGCGUCUCCUUAGUUACCAAGCUUCUUGGCCGCCUCUAUUACUUCAAUCCAUUGUCAGAAAAGCCUGGCUCACUUCCCCCUCAUGUGGCGGCUGCGGUCAAUGGUGUUGCUCUCUGUGGGACUCUUGCUGGUCAGCUAUUCUUUGGAUGGCUCGGUGACAAACUCGGAAGGAAAAAAGUGUAUGGUAUCACUUUGAUCAUGAUGAUUGUGUGCUCCGUGGCAUCCGGUCUCUCCUUCGGUAACAAAGCUAAGGGUGUCAUGACCACUCUUUGCUUCUUUAGGUUUUGGCUGGGAUUCGGAAUUGGAGGUGACUACCCACUUUCUGCCACCAUCAUGUCCGAAUACGCUAACAAGAAGACUCGUGGUGCUUUCAUCGCUGCCGUGUUCGCCAUGCAAGGUGUCGGUAUCUUGGCGGGAGGUUUUGUGGCACUUGCCGUUUCUUCCAUUUUCGACAAGAAGUUCCCAGCCCCAACGUAUGCAGUCAACAGAGCUCUCUCAACGCCUCCUCAGGCUGAUUACAUUUGGCGAAUCAUCGUCAUGUUUGGUGCUCUACCCGCAGCCUUGACGUACUAUUGGCGUAUGAAGAUGCCCGAAACUGCUCGUUACACAGCUUUGGUGGCAAAGAACAUCAAACAAGCAACACAAGACAUGUCCAAGGUCUUACAAGUAGAGCUUCAGAUGGAAGAACGAGCAGAGGAUAUCGUACAAGAUCCUAGACUUAACUAUGGCUUGUUCUCCAAGGAAUUUGCCAAACGCCAUGGGCUUCCCCUCCUCGGAUGUACCUCAACUUGGUUCUUGCUUGACAUUGCAUUUUACAGCCAAAACUUGUUCCAAAAAGAUAUAUUUUCGGCUAUUGGAUGGAUCCCAAAGGCAGCAACCAUGAACGGAAUCCACGAGGUUUUCAUGAUCGCUAGGGCACAAACACUCAUUGCACUUUGCAGUACAGUCCCCGGCUACUGGUUCACGGUUGCGUUUAUUGAUAUCAUGGGAAGAUUUGCGAUUCAGCUAAUGGGAUUCUUUAUGAUGACUGUCUUUAUGUUUGCCAUCGCCUUCCCGUACGACCACUGGAUCAAACCAGACAACCGUAUCGGCUUCGUUGUUAUGUACUCUCUCACCUUUUUCUUUGCAAAUUUUGGUCCAAAUGCGACCACCUUCAUUGUACCGGCUGAAAUCUUCCCAGCCAGACUAAGGUCCACAUGCCAUGGAAUAUCAGCUGCAACAGGUAAGGCUGGAGCCAUCGUGGGAGCUUUUGGUUUUCUAUACGCGGCUCAGCCACAGGACAAGACCAAGACAGAUGCAGGAUAUCCACCGGGCAUCGGAGUGAAGAACUCUCUGAUCAUGCUUGGUGUCAUUAACUUUGUUGGUAUGCUCUUCACCUUCCUUGUCCCUGAGCCGAAAGGAAAGUCCCUUGAAGAGCUAUCCGGUGAAACUGAGGUUGAGAAAUGAUCUGAGAUGUACUAUUGUUUUUGUUUGUUUAAACUUCUGUUUCAGAUUUUAAUGUCCCUUUCCGUGGUGCACUAAAAAGAGGAUGUUUAUGAUGUGGAGUACUUCAAUUUGUUCCUGCCCUGGAUGAAAAUGGCUUAUUCCUCUAUAAGCUACUUAUUCCUGGCAUUUUCACACAAAAACUUUUAAACAAUGCCAAAAACCACAUGAAUAACAGAAAAUGACU